CUUUUGUUGCAGUCCAAUGAGCGUUGGGUUUCUGGUCGACGGCGCUGGGUCGAGGGAAACUCCGGGGAAUCUCUCAGGGAAUUUGGGGGUCUCCCAUGUGGGGAGCUCCACGGGCGGGAGAAGCUGUAGGGCUCCCUUGCAGAGAGGAGACAAAAAGCUCUCGACUGCCUGCGACCAGCCUCACCCUCACCCCCUACCAAAUCCUUCAUUUUAGCUUUGGGCAGAUGCAAGGGAAGGGCGGGGCGCCGGCUUUCUCUUUAAAAGUCCUCGCAACCUGAACUGGACUCCUCGGCAAAUCCUACUGUUUGAGGACACAGAUCAGGGCCCGGGGUUGGGGAGCAGUUGUUAGGGUGCAUCGGGACUCCUCUGUUUUCCAAGGAGAACGGCGUACCCUGCAGAUUGGGUGCACGGUGGAGGUCGGGAAGGGCGGUCAAAGGCCCUUUGGGUCUGAGGACGGCUUGGAGUCCUACCCACGUUUGUACCGCCAGUGUCUCAUCAAUCCCCGGAGUUGGGGACCCCGCGGUUUGGGAAUUCGGGGUGGGAUGGGGCUCCGGGGUCUUAAAUUUGAAGACUGGCGAGUACAUCCUGUUGCUUGCUGAUCUCUCAAUUGGGAAACCGUAAAUUUAGUGUCCCCUGGCUUGGGGAUUCAGUUCCACGUCUCAGGGACAGUUGAUACAGGACAAUAAGUCCUCUUUAUUUGGAGGUUGGUAGAUAGGGAACCCAGCAGGAUCCCCAAAGAUGCGUUUUGGCACUCUCCUGGCCUUGGUUUGGGGUGAGAGGACACUCCCUGGCGGUCCUCAGGGACUGCCAGCUCUGGCCACAAUGGGGCCAAGUUUUGUGCUCCGGUGGGUAGCACUGCUGGCCUGCCUGCUUCCUGCUGGGGGCUGUGUCAUAUGUGAUCCCUCCGUGGUGGCAGCACUGAAGUCCUUGGAAAAGGAUUACCUGCCUGGCCACCUGGAUGCCAAGCAUCACAAAGACGUGAUGGAAAGGGUACAGCACGCUGUGAGGGAUUUCAAUGACUUGCCCAUUAAUGAGACGUCCUACAUGGGAGCUGUUGAUGAGGCCACACUAGAAAAGGCAUCCUGGAGUCUGCUGAAGGAUUUGAAACGCAUCACAGACAGUGAGGUAGAAGGUGAGCUCUUCGUGAGGGAGCUGUUCUGGAUGCUGCACCUGCAGAAGGCCACCUUUGCCACCUUUGCCGCUCAGUUCCAGACAGAGGCUUAUUGUCCCAACAAAUGUGGAAUGAUGUUGCAGACUCUGAUCUGGUGCGAUAACUGCAAGAAGCAGGUUCAUGCUUGUCGAAAGUCCUACGAUUGCGGGGGGCGCCAAGUGGAAGUCUAUGAGAUGGAAGACCUGAUCCUGGACUGUGAGCUGAACUGGCAUCACGCCUCUCAAGGCCUCACGGAGUACAGUUUUUACAGGGUUUGGGCGAACGAUUCUGAGACCUUGGUGUCCAGGAAGAAAGAGCCCACCCUGACCAAGCCGAUGGUGGGUCCAGAGGAUGAAGGCAACUACCGCUGUGAGCUGGGCACAGUGAAUUCUGGCCCAGCCACGAUCAUCUAUUUCCAUGUCACAGUGCUGCCCGAAAGGGUUGAGGAGGAAAUACCGUCACCGAACAUCAUAACCGAGGGUGAGGUGACCCCAGUACACCCCGAGUCGUCCACAACAGUGCAGUCUUUGAGGCCCGAGGACGUGCUGAGAAGCCGCCUCCUCGGGCUGCUGAUCUUGUGCUCUGCGGUGCUGGUAGCCGGCAUAGCCUUCGCGAUAGCUUCCCGGAGUAAGGUGGUAGGUUUCAUUAAGUCCUCACUGCUGGCGGCUGGCGGCGGAGCUGCACAGCACCCCCGGGUUCCGGAGGAAAAGGCCACAGAUUCGAGGAGCCAAUAAAUGUUUACCUUGUUGUCCAAGUAUCUGACUCGUUCCUGACUGCGCCUACCUUUCGGUUCCUCCAGAGGAUCUCUGUCUGGGAGCAUCCUCCUGCCCGAGGGAGGAGGGGCUGGACACCUGGGCCCCUGGGCCCUGGAGACCAACUGA